AUGGCUCAAGAUCCCCGAGCAUUACUCCAGAAAGCCGACAAAGCCAUCCAAGGCGCCUCGGGUGGAUUCAGUCUAUUUGGUGGACGAGCGGAAAAAUGGGAGAACGCUGCGGACCUCUAUACACAAGCCGCAAAUGCCUUUAGGGUACAGAAGCAGAAUCUGGAAGCUGGCCAGGCCUUUGAGAAGGCCGCCUCAAUCCAACAAUCCAAACUGAAUGAACCGGAUGACAUGGCCAACACCCUCACCGAAGCCUUCAAAGUCUACCGUAAAGACUCUCCCCAAGACGCCGCCCGCGUCCUCACCACCGCCAUACAACACUAUACCGCGAAGGGCAACUUCCGCCGUGCGGCCACGCAUCAACAAAACCUCGCUGAAGUGUAUGAGAUGGAGAUCGGCGAUCAGAAAAAAGCCUUGGAGGCGUAUGACACCGCUGCACAGUGGUACGAAAGCGACAACGCGGAGGCGUUGGCCAAUAAACUGUACUUGAAAGUUGCGGACCUGGCGGCCCUGGAAGGGGAUUAUCAGAAUGCGAUCAACAAACUCGAAGCCGUGGCGAAGUCGAGCUUAAACAAUAAUCUCAUGCGCUGGAGCGUGAAGGACUACUUUCUGAAAGCCGGCAUAUGCUAUCUCGCCGCAGGCGAUCAAGUGGCUACCAAGAGAGCAUUGGAGCACUAUCGCGAGUUGGACGGCAGUUUUGCAAGCACGAGGGAGAAUAUGUUACUAACGGACCUCGUCGGGUGCGUGGAAGAAGGGGACCAGGAAGCUUUCUCGGACAAGUUGUUCCAGUUCGAUUCAUUGAGCAAGCUGGACAAGUGGAAGACGACCCUGCUUCUGAGGGUUAAGAAUGCGAUUGAGAAGGAAGAGGAAGACUUCUCGUAA